AAGGAGGAGAACUGAAGGCCGAGGCAGGACUGACUGAAGUCCAGAAGAUGAUGAAGAGGAAGAGGAGGACAGAAGAAGAGGAGGACGGAGCAGAGUCCUCAGGAUCCAGCUGUCUGUCUAUGAAGAGUCACCGGUCCAAAGUUGAACCUCCAGACUUCAGUCCUGAACCUGGACCCUCAGACACAAAAGAGAGGAAGAGGAGUCCUGUUCCUGUGGAGGAGCAGCCGUCCUGCUGUGCUUUGUGUCAGGACGUCCUGAAGGAUCCAGUCUCUACCAGCUGUGGACACUGGUUCUGCAGAUGGUGCAUCACCCAAUACUGGGACCAGUCUGCUUCAUCGGGACACUCCUCCUGUCCCCAGUGUGGAGACAGAUCCAGAACCAGAGCUGGACUGCAGACAGCCAGUCAGAGCAGCUCUGUACAAAUGAGAGGUGGUCUGCAGGAGGUUUUAGAUGAACAUAAGAUCAGUCUGAGGAGGAGAUGUGAACGUGUGACUGAAGGAAGUGAUGAAACAGGAAGUGGAACCCUCCUCAACAGGAUCUACACUGAGCUCUACAUCACAGAGGGACAGAGUGAAGAGGUUAAUACCCAGCAUGAGGUGAGGCAGCUUGAGACAGCUUCCAAGAAGACCCUCCAUGACACUCCAAUCAGGUGCCAGGACAUCUUUAAAGUCUUACCUGGCCAACAGAGAGCCAUCAGAGUGGUUCUGACCAACGGCGUCGCUGGCGUUGGAAAAACCUUCUCGGUGCAGAAGUUCACUCUGGACUGGGCAGAGGGCUCGGAAAACCAAGAUGUCGGUCUGCUGGUUCUGCUCUCGUUCAGGGAGCUGAACUUGAUCAAAGAUGAGCGGCACAGUCUCCUCACGCUGCUCCACGUUUUCCAUCCAACAUUACAGAAGGUCCCAGCAGAGAAGCUCGCCGUCUGGAAACUGUUGUUCAUCUUUGACGGCCUGGAUGAAAGCAGACUUUCAUUGGAUUUCCACAACAGUGAGGUUGUGUCUGAUGUCACACAGAAGUCAUCAGUCAACCUGCUGCUGACAAACCUCAUCGAGGGGAAUCUGCUUCCCUCGGCUCUCGUCUGGAUAACUUCCCGACCUGCGGCGGCCAAUCGGAUCCCUCCUUCGUGUGUCGGCAGGGUAACGGAAGUACGAGGCUUCGCUGACGCCCAGAAGGAGGAGUACUUCAGGAGGAGAGUCAGUGAUGAAGAGCUGUCCAGCAGAAUCAUCUCACACAUCAAGACCUCCAGGAGCCUCCACAUCAUGUGUCUAAUCCCAGUCUUCUGCUGGAUCACUGCUACAGUUCUGGAGCACAUGUUGACUACAGAGCAGAGAGGAGAGCUGCCCAAGACCCUGACUGACCUGUACUCACACUUCCUGCUGGUUCAGAUAAAGAGGAAGAAGCAGAAGUACGAUGAGGGACAUGAGACGAGUCCACAGGAGCUGACGGAGGCUGACAGGGAGGUUCUUCUGAAGCUGGGGAGGCUGGCGUUUGAUCAGCUGGAGAAAGGAAACCUCAUGUUCUACCAAGAAGACCUGGAGCAGUGUGGUCUUGAUGUCACAGAGACCUCGGUGUACUCAGGAGUUUGUACAGAGAUCUUCAAAAGAGAGAGUGUGAUCUUCCAGAAAACAGUCUACUGCUUUGUUCAUCUGAGCGUUCAGGAGUUUCUGGCUGCAGUCUACAUGUUCCACUGUUACACCAGCAGGAACUCAGGACUGGAGGACUUCCUGGGGAAGGACUGGGACAGUGAAAACAGUGACUGUUUCCUGAAAGAUGACAAUAAUCAUGAUUACCCUUCCGUGGAUGUCUUCCUGGUGAGAGCCAUGAAGAAAUCUCUCAAAAGUAUAAGUGGCCACCUGGACCUGUUUGUUCGCUUCCUUCAUGGCCUCUGUCUGGAGUCCAACCAGAGACUCUUAGGAGGCCUGCUGGGUCAGACAAAGACCAGUUCAAGAACCAUCCAGAGAGCCAUCAACAUCCUGAAGGAGAUGAACAGUGAUGAGAUCUCUCCUGACAGAAGCAUCAACAUCUUCCACUGUCUGACGGAGAUGAACGACCACUCAGUACAUCAGGAGAUCCAAGAGUUCCUGAAGUCAGAGAACAGAUCAGAGAAGAAACUCUCUGUGAUCCACUGCUCAGCUCUGGCCUACAUGCUGCAGAUGUCAGAGGAGGUUCUGGAUGAGUUGGACCUGAAGAAGUACAACACAUCAGAGGAGGGACGACUGAGACUGAUUCCAGCUGUGAGGAACUGCCAAAGAGCUCGACUUUCUGGGUGUGGACUCACAGAAAUUCACUGUGAAGUCCUGUUAUCGGCUCUGCAGUCCAACCCAUCACAUCUGAUAGAACUGGACCUGGGUUAUAACACUCACCUGAAAGAUUCAGGAGUUGAAUGGCUCUCUGCAGGACUGAAGAGUCCACACUGUGGGCUGGAGACUCUGAGGCUGACAGACUGUCAGAUCACAGUUGAAGCCUGUGCUUCUCUGAUCUCAGCUCUGAAGUCUAACCCCUUCCAUCUAAGAGAGUUGGACCUCAGUAAGAAUUUUGUGCAAGAUUCAGGAGUGAAGACGUUUUCUGAUUUUCUACACUCUCCAGACUGUAGACUGAAGACUCUGAGAUUAAGAUCCUGCAGUUUAUCAGAGAUGACCUGUGCUUCUCUGGCCUCAGCUCUGAAGUCUGACCCCUCCCAUCUGAGAGAGCUGGACCUGACCGACAACGAGCUGCAGGAUUCAGGAGUGAAGCUGCUGUCUGCUGGACUGGAGAGUCCCCACUGUAGACUGGAGACUCUGAGACUUAGUUGCUGUGAACUGACACAGAUUAGCUGUGCUUCUCUGGCCUCCGCUCUGAAGUCCAACCCCUCCCAUCUGAGAGAGCUGGACCUGAGUAAAAACAAACUGCAGGAUUCAGGAGUGAAGCUGCUGUGUGAUUUUCUGGAGAGUCCACACUGCAGACUGGAGACUCUGAGACUGGUGCUCUGCAGGUUGUCAGACAUCAGCUGUGCUUCUAUGGCCUCAGCUCUGAAGUCCAACCCCUCACAUCUGAGAGAGCUGGACCUGAGUAAAAACAGCCUGCAGGAUUCAGGAGUGAGGCUGCUGUCUGCUGGACUGGAGAGUCCACACUGGAGACUGGAGACUCUCAGACUUAGUUUCUGUGAACUGACACGGAUUAGCUGUGCUUCUCUGGCAUCGGCUCUGAAGUCCAACCCCUCCCAUCUGAGAGAACUGGACCUGAGUGACAACACGCUACAGGAUUCAGGAGUAAAGCAGCUGUCUGCUGGACUGGAGAGUCCACACUGUAGACUGGCAACACUGAGGUUGAAAAGCUGUCGGAUCACAGAUGAAGGAUGUACUAAUUUGGCAUCAGCAUUGAAGUCCAACCCAUCCCAUCUGAGAGAGCUGGACCUGAGUAAAAACAGCCUGCAGGAUUCAGGAGUGAAGCUGCUGUUUGCAGAACUGGAAAGUCCAUACUGCAAAUUGACACUUUGAAAUAGCAGUUAUCUCCGGAUGGUAUCAGAGGGCUGAGGUGUGUUCAGGAGCUGCAGAUGAACUCAACACUUUCUGAGAUUCUGAAUUUUGAACUGGAAUAACACCCCAACAGGACAGGUCCAGUUUCUUUCCACAAGAAAAAGUUUCUGCUUAAUUAACUUAAACUUAUUUUUUAGACAUUUCUAAGAUAAAAUAAGCUUUUUGAAAGCAAACAUUUUCAGAUCUGGGAAGUUAAAAGAGGUCAUAUUUUGCUUUUUGGCUUUUCCCCUCUCCUUUAUUGUUAUAUACCCUUUUUGUGCAUGUAACAGGUUUGCAAAGUGAAAAAGCCCAAAGUCCAGAAAACUCUGCUCUGAACUGCCUGAAAACAGCUCGUU